CUCGUGUUCUUGUUCGUCUCCGCCUCAGGCAAACUCCACACGGACACGGUCACACCUCGCUCGCUCUCGCUCCCGUAUCGCGGUUUCCUUUUCGAAGCCUUGCUAGGUUUAGCUGGGGCCUCCGUCUAUCCUGUCAAUGGCCCCUUAGGCGGCUGUACUUCAGACUUCAGAGGUGACGUGAGGCGUGGGGACGCGCGUAGCUGAUUGGUUCGAGGAGGCGGGGAUGGACCCGGACUUCUCGCCGGCGAGUGGGGGCCCGAGCUUUGAGUUCGCCUUCAACUCGGUCAACUUCUCUGACCGGGUGUUGCGGAUCGAGAUCGUCGCUGGGGAUGACGCCCUCGGGGCCAAGGGCGCCACCGGCGAGGGGUGCUCAUCUCUUGCCGACUGGGCGUGCCACCGCAAGCGACGACGGGAGGAGCUCCGACGCGACAAAGAAUCUAGAAAAUACAUGCCAGAUCCAGCAAACUGCAAAGUUGAAGCUGAAGAAUGUGAUGCCUACGAGGAAGGCAAUGAGCCUGUAGCUAUGAUAGAAGAAUCUCCGCCUGAUAUUGAGGCAGAUGGUGAGGAUGGAAAAAGCAGCGACUCAUACUGUAGUAUGGAGUGUACUCAGGUUUUGAGAGUUAAGUCUAUGUACAUCAGCUCUGCAAUUCUAGCUGCAAAGAGCCCUUUCUUUUACAAGCUUUUCUCAAAUGGAAUGAAAGAAUCCGACCAGAGGCAUGCAACUCUUAGGAUAACUGCUUCAGAGGAAAAUGCGCUUAUGGAGCUUCUAAGCUUUAUGUAUAGCGGCAAGUUGACGACAAACCAGCCAACUGUCCUGCUGGAUAUAUUGAUGAUCGCUGACAAAUUUGAGGUUGGUUCCUGUAUGCGGCACUGCAGUCAAUUGCUUAGAAAUUUGCCUAUGACCACAGAGUCUGCACUGCUCUAUCUGGAUCUACCUUCAAGCAUUUCAAUGGCUGCUGCAGUUCAGCCAUUGACGGACACCGCCAAGGAAUUCCUUGCCAACAAAUACAAGGAUUUGACUAAGUUCCAAGAUGAAGCAAUGAACAUUCCUCUUGCUGGAAUUGAAGCCAUCCUAUGGAGCAAUGACCUUCAGGUCGCGUCGGAGGAUGCUAUCUACGACUUCAUGAUAAAGUGGGCACGUGCUCAAUACCCAAAAUUGGAGGAAAGACGUGAGAUCUUGGGCACACGCUUGCUGCCCCUUGUUCGGUUCUGCCAUAUGACCUGCAGGAAGUUGCGGAAGGUUAUUGCCUGCAGUGAUCUGGAUCACGAGCAGGCGACGAAAUGUGUCACAGAGGCACUUCUCUACAAAGCUGAUGCACCACAUAGGCAGCGUGCCCUUGCAGCAGACGUGAUGACAUGUAGGAAGUAUGCUGAGCGAGCUUACAAAUAUCGCCCGCUUAAGGUUGUAGAGUUUGAUAGGCCGUACCGGCAGUGCAUAGCAUACUUGGACCUGAAGCGAGAGGAGUGCAGCCGACUUUUCCCAUCUGGGCGGAUAUACUCGCAAGCUUUCCAUCUAGCUGGACAGGGCUUCUUCCUCUCAGCACACUGUAACGUGGACCAGCAAAGUGCGUUCUAUUGUUUUGGUCUCUUCCUAGGGAUGCAAGAGAAAGGGUCGACAAGUGUUACCGUGGAUUAUGAGUUCGCUGCAAGGACAAGGCCGUCAGGCGAGUUUGUCAGCAAAUAUAAGGGCUACUAUACUUUCACUGGCGGUAAGGCUGUUGGGUACCGGAAUCUCUUUGCGAUCCCGUGGCCGUUAUUCAUGGCUGAUGACAGUCUCUUCUUUAUCGACGGGGUAUUGCAUCUCAGAGCUGAGCUGACCAUAAAACAACCCUAGAUGAGGCCGUGUUUGUGCCGCGCGCGUGUCCAAAUCCAUGCAAUGGUGUUCUGCAGUGUAGAAUAUGGAAAUCUUGUGUGCUGUUUUGUUUUGAAAACGACAACUCAAUUCUCUCUUGUUCAGUUGUUUGUACACCUGAGGAGGAUCAUGUCAUGUUUUGUACUCUCACUAAACUGUGAUAAGUGAUUUAGCUAAUCAAA